GCUUAUUUCUCUCUCAUUUCACAACUCGUAAUACUCGUGGCACGCAUGGCACAAUCCGAGGACCCGUCAAACAGCCAUGACACCAACCAUGACAACAAAACAACUACAAUGUGGGGGAUCAUCCUCUGCGUCGUAGUCAUUCUGGUCAUCUGCAUCAUCUGCUUCGUACACUGGCUCCUGCGAAAUAAUCAUAUGCCACGGCCUCUGGAAACUCAGCUUCCGCGAUUUCGAACGAGCUCCGGUCUGGGAAAGUUUGCCGUGGAGAGCAUGCCGACCGUCACUUAUCAUCAUCGGAUACACUCCAAGCAGAUUCACACGCAAGCCCAAAUGACUCCAUACAUGUUUCGAAAGGCACGAAAACCGAAACUCGAAAGUUUGCAGCGCUAUUUCACGAUACCUAAUUUGUCGAAUGUCACCGACCGAAAUGCACGGCAAGCAGAUGAACGCACUUCUCCGGCGUGUUCUAUCUGCACUGAAGAUUUUUUUGAGGGAACAAAUUUAAGGAAAUUACCAUGCGGUCACCUCUUUCAUCCACAAUGCAUUGAUCCGUGGUUGAUAGGACGAUCGCGGACUUGCCCACUAUGUCGCGUUGAUCUGGCCACUUUGAUCAAUCUGACGAAACCGCAAGCAGUGCAUUCAUUUGAUACACGAGGACGUGCAUAUCAUUCGCAAGCUGCAAGAUAAUGAUACUACGAAAUACCCAUAAGACAAUGACCAGCGAUUUGCGACGAGGAGCAUGGCCAGGGCGUUUCACAGUGUAAUGCACAUUCCCUCCAGAUAAAAAUUGCAAAACAUGUUUCUUCCUUGCUGCGAAAGCGGCAAUUAAUUAGACUACAUGGCGAUCCAUUCGCGAUCUCAUAAUAAACGCAGAGGUGAGUGUUGUAUGGACUGCCCAAAGACACCAAAGACUUCAUACCAACAUAAAUGAAGCCCAGCAAACUUCCUCGGCUCUUGCCAAAUGAGCUCUGAGCCAGCUUCAAAGACUAGAAUAUGAUUCCCAUUACGAAAUCUGUCUCAUUU